UUUACUGGGAAUUGUUAGUCGUAGUUCUCCACUGUGCAGGUUAACAACAAGUUAGAAUACUCCAAACAUGGACUUUUACUACAUGCCAGGCAGCGGAGGAUGCCGCACGGUCGUCAUGGUGGCCAAGGCCCUUGGUCUGGAGCUGAACAAGAAGCUACUGAACACCAUGGAGGGUGAGCAGUUGAAGCCGGAGUUCGUGAAGCUCAAUCCCCAGCACACCAUUCCCACGCUGGUGGACAAUGGAUUCUCCAUCUGGGAGUCCCGUGCCAUCGCCGUUUAUCUGGUGGAGAAGUACGGCAAGGACGACUAUCUGUUGCCCAAGGAUCCCCAGAAGCGUGCCGUGAUCAACCAGCGUCUGUACUUCGACAUGGGAACUCUGUACGACAGCUUUGCCAAGUACUACUAUCCCCUCUUCCGCACUGGAAAGCCCGGAACUGAUGAGGACUUGAAGAAAAUCGAAACCGCCUUUGGAUUCCUCGACACCUUCCUGGAGGGCCAGGAGUACGUUGCUGGCGGCCAGCUCACCGUGGCGGACAUUGCCAUCCUGGCCACUGUCUCCACGUUCGAAGUGAGUGGCUUCGACUUCAGCAAGUACUCGAAUGUGUCCAGGUGGUACGACAAUGCCAAAAAGGUGACUCCAGGAUGGGAGGAGAACUGGGAAGGCCUCAUGGCGAUGAAGGCGUUAUUUGAUGCCCGUAAACUGGCUGCAAACAAUUUGUGGGUGUCCCAGGCAGUUAUUUUCUUCCUCUCGAACGGGCAAGUCGAACCGAUCGCACCUUCCGACAUGGAUCUUUACUAUCUGCCCUUGGUCGGCGCUUGCCGCUCCGUUCUGAUGGUGGGCAAGGCCCUGGGUCUGGAGUUUAACAAGAAGAUAAUCAAUACCCUGGAGGGGGAGCAACUGAAUCCGGAUUUCAUCAAGAUCAAUCCCCAGCACUCGAUUCCCACGCUGGUGGACAAUGGCUUCACCAUUUGGGAGUCGCGUGCCAUUCUGGUUUACCUGGUGGAAAAGUACGGAAAGGACGACUCCCUGUACCCCAAGGAUAUUCAGAAGCAGGCGGUGAUCAAUCAACGCCUCUACUUCGACAUGAGCCUGAUGUAUCCCACCCUGGCAAACUACUACUACAAAGCAUUUGCAAACGGCCAGUUUGGCAGCGAGGAGGACUACAAGAAGGUCCAGGAGACCUUCGGGUUUCUGAACACAUUCCUGGACGGCCAGGACUACGUGGCUGGUGACCAGUACUCCGUGGCCGACAUUGCCAUUCUCGCCAAUGUGUCCAAUUUCGAUGUCAUGGGAUUCGACAUCGGCAAAUAUCCGAAUGUGGCCAGAUGGUACGACCUUGUCAAGAAGAUUACCCCUGGAUGGGAGGAAAACUGGGCGGGUGCACUGGAUGUAAAGCAGAAGAUCGAGCAGAAACAGAAUUCUGCCAAAUAAUUAAUUUAUGAAGAUUUUAUUAUACAUAUAUUUAACAUAAAGGGAUGUUUAUGCUUACAAGCCUUUGGUAACCAUAGAUAAUGAAUAAAGUGAAAAGGCCUUGCUUAAAGUCUGUUGCUAAAGAGAAA